AUGGGCGAAGGCAAAAGCCAAGAUGUGGCCUAUGUAUCAAGACCCCGCCCCGCAAACGGGAAUGUUGUCCCAACUUUCAAGGUGCCGAACACAAAAGCGGGCCAAUGGUAUAGAAGAAGAGACCUAAAACUCCUAUCGAUACCCUUGAGCAAACGAGAAGGGCUUAAAGGCAAUAUGCCAUCACUUGCAAGGUGA